AUGAAGUCGUCGUCGUCGGCGGAAGAGUCCGUGACGGCGGUCCAACUGCGCGGCAAAGUCAAGGGCCUGGAAGCCAACGUGUCGGCACUCGAAGAGCAGUUGGUUCAAAAGGAAGAACGAAUCAAGCAAUUGGAAGCUGGACUGCAGGAGAACUUGGCAAUGUUGGCCGAUUUGGAGCAUAUGGAUCAAACACGAAGUAUCAAGAGUCGCGAUGCCAAGAAGGAACGAAAGAAAGAAAAAAAGAAGGAAGAAUUGGUCGUGAUGCAGAGUAAACUCAAGGAAGAAACACUGGAAAAGGAACAGCUCGCCAUGCAAUUGGAAUUGGCUCAAAAACGAACCGAAGAUUUAGAGCAGCACGUCCAGUUGCAGUUGCAAUUCUUGCAGGCAGUGGGACCCAAAGAUGGUCAACAAGCACAAGCUUUAGGAGAACAGAAAGAUGCAGCACCAAUUCCAGGAAAUCUAGGUGGUUUUGUACGAGAAAUGGAAAUCGUGUCCAACUUGUUGCAGGAAAAAAUCGCGGCUGUCAAAGGAGGAAAGGAAACUCGAAAUGGAGAUAGUGGUAGAGUAGCCGCCGUGGCCGUCACGGCUGGGACGGCAGCCGCUGUGGCUACAAAUAAUAAGGCGGCUUCACAUCCCAAACAAGAACCGGAACCAACCAUGCAAAAUUCAGCAUCGGUGGCUGCCGUGGAAAAGCCCUCAGAUGAUGGUGGCGGCAUGUCGACGGGAGCAGCCGUGGCGGUGGGGGCUGCAGCAGGAGCCACUGGGGCUGUCGCGGCGACUGGAAUUGCCAGGUUCUUUGGUGGCUUUGGGAAAGGAGCAAAGCAGGAAGAAACACCAAAGACAGACUCAGAGCAAGAAGAACCCAACAAGGAAGAGCCACAACAGCAAGAAUCCGCCUCCAUGUCGGCUGAUCCAAGCACAUCGGGUCCUUCGACCGGUGUGAUUGUAGGAGCGGCAGCUGCCACAGGUGCUGCCGUUGUAGCCGGUGGUGCAAUGAUCGCUACGGCAGUCAAAAAGCCAAAAAAGAAGAAGAAGAAACCAGAAUUUGUGCCAGAAGGAGCACCUCCUUUGUCCGAAGACAGGGUCUACAUCAAUGCCAUCAUUCCAAAAACCAAGGGGUCCAAGUUGGGCAUGAAACUCACCGAAGCAGCCGAUUCGGGACGGGAUCUUCUCAUUAUUGCCAACAUUUUGCCUGGCGGUCUGGCAGACGAGUCCAAAUUGAAACAGGGCAUGAUUCUCUACACUGUCAAUGGAAAACUCACAGAGGGCAAGUCCGCCAUGGAAGUAGCCAGGAUGUUGGCUGGAGCCGAAGGAACCGUAACGGUGGUGGCCAUUGCGGACAAGAAUGAGAUCGAAGAAGAAAGCGAAACAGAAGACGAUGACGAUGACGAAGAACUUUCAGGAUUGGCAGCGUAUGGCUUCGGUGCCGGGCGCAGAGUAUCGGGCGGGUCUCGAACGUCCUCCAUGAGCCGUGACGCAUCAAACAGCUCUCUCAGGAGUAUCCGAGAAGAAGACGAAACUGAUGAAGAGGAUGACGAUAAGAGCGAAGAGCUUAUGUCCAAAUCGGACAUGGAAGCCAUGGCAGCCACGUCCGCGGCUUUGGCACCGGCGGCUGGAGCAGAUCCGCGGUCAUCCACAGCGUCCACAGACUCUCGUCGAGCCACAGUGGCAGCAGGUACCGUGGCAAACCCCCUGGGUGGCGGUGGGAGACGCCCGAGCUAUUUUUCGGGAAUGGCCAAGUUACGACGAGGAGUCAAAAAAAUCAAGGUGAUCAAUACGCUCACCAAGAAUAAGGUCAACAAAUGGGCUUCGGCUCUGCGUCGUUUGGAUCCACGAUAUCAGAUCCUCUCCUACUUUGAUGAAGUUGCGAAGAAGGGUGCACAGAGUUUUGAAUACUGCAACGUUCACACCAGCCCCGAUGGAAUUUGCACACAAGGAUGUCUCACGGCAAGUGCUGGAAUGGUGGGUGGCACUGGACCUGAUGGACAAAUACGUCGAUCAUCCUACUUUGCCAACGACGAAGAAGCCAAAACGGCCAGUUCUCUCUUCAACAAAGCCGGUAUCUUCACUGUAUGGCGUCCUACUAGUCUUGAUUCCAUUCGGAAAAUGAUGGUCGGGGACGGUGUCGGUAAAGGUCUGGAUAUUAAGGGCAAAUCAGCCAAGAAGGGACAUUUCUCUGGCUUUGUGCCAUUCCUGCAGUUGCACCAAGAAAGGCACAAAACAAUGACUCGGACCGUUCCCAAGGACGCUCGCAUGAGAAUCUUUUAUAAGACAGAAGAGGCCCGCAGGGAGGCCCACUUCAAAAUGCUGCAAGUUUCGGUGGAAAUGCUAGCGGGAUUCACGCAAGCACAAAAAGUCAUUAUAAAAAUCAAGACCAUCGAGGCAGAAGAAGAGAAGGCGGAAAUGGAGCGAAAAAAUUCCACGGAUUUCGACGUGGAUGAUUUUACAGAAUCCAAGACUGAUAUGGCAGCGAGGGAGAAAGUGCUGGAGGAACGCGACAGACAGUUGCAAGCGGCGCUUGAAAAAUACAUGUGGGAGAUGGACGACCCGAUAAUCUAUCUCGUCGAUGAAUUCGCACCCAAAGCCUUCGGGCUCGAUAUUCCACAACGUAUUGUGUUUGAAGCUUACGUCAUUCGUGGCGACUGUUCACGACCACCUGGCAGCAUUCAUGAGACAGGACGUGGAUCGGAACCUGCGUUCCAGGACAUGAAUAUGGACACUCUGCGAACUGUGAAACCCGGAGCGCCACGGCCCGUGUGCGUCCUGCAAUCCGAAGAUUUGGAGCACACAAUGGACCCCCGCUACCUGUUGAUGGCAUACCAAGAAAACGGAGUCGUCAAGCCCGUCGUGUCUGACUUUGAUUGCUUUCUGGUUGGUUCGAGAAGAGUUGAUUUCGACAAACCACUCCCAGCAGACCAGGUUGAGCUGAUGAAAUGGUGCAUCUCCGUGAUUGAAAGGAUAUUGGAUCUCGAGCCUUCGUCGGAAACCUGGACGAUGCGCUGGCUGGAAGAGCUGAAAAGGGAAUAUGAGAGUGGAUUCCACGUGUCCUUCCCGAAAUAUGGAUUUGCCGAUCCUACGAGCUACUCCAUGAUGGCACAUGCCGUCGAUCGUCUGAAAAUGCAUGGCAGUGUACGCCAUGGAGCGGAGUGCUUCAACUACUACUUCCCCCAGGAUCUUGAUGACGAAUUCCUGGUUGUGACUUCCAUGCAACAAAACGGCCCUUGGGUUAAGUACUCGAAAGACGGUCUUUUGGAGUUUCUCUCUGAUAAGAUUGAUCAGGGGUUCAUGUUUCCGGUGAAUCCCAAGUGGGCUCUCUGUGACGUAGGUUGGAAAAAACUCUACGACAAGCAGAUGCAAAGCGAUAACGCGUGGACGAUUAAGGCCAUGAAUGCAUGGUACCCGAAAAAUUCAGGAGUCCGCGAUAUGAUUUCAAGGAUCAGUGCGAAGCAUCCGAAAGCCUUCCAGGUGAUUGUUCAACAGUACAAAAUGGAAAACAAAGUCUACAGUCCGUUGCGACAAGCGAGCGAAGAUGGCGAGGAAGUUACCGGAGAUCAAGCCAUGGAUAUGGCAUUGCUGGAGAUUGAGCACGAUCGCAUGCUGAAAAAGGCAAUCAAGGCCGUCAAAGCAAUUAUUUUUGCAAAUCGCAUGAAGAAGAUGAAAUUCAAUUUAGGAAUCUAG